UUUGAGAAAAAAAAUUGGUAUUAGUUUUGAAAACCCAAAUUACCUGACCCAGAUUUCUGGCUAAAACGAUGCCCACCCAGUGGGGAAUACUGCAAUAUAGAAAGGACUAGGAUAUCCGGCGAAUGUCGAAAUUUUAGACAUGACAAAACAAACAUUUUUUAUGGAAUUUUUUUCGUCAAGGAUGGCAAGUUUAGUUGGUGAGUAUGAGAAAUCCGCCUCCGUACACUUUUCGCCAGGAAAUUGCCAUGCUUGCAAACUAAAUUUGUCAUCCUCGCACCAAUAUAAAUUGUCAUAAAAUAUGUUCAAUUUGCCAUGUCUAAUCUAACGUCAGUUUUUCUUCUUCUGAAAAACACGUACGCUUUAUUCAUUAAAAAUAACAGUUACAUUAUUAAUGAGGAUGGAUACAAUUUCACUCACAUGCUCCUCAAGCCAAUCAUCGGGUGGGGAAACUCUAUCUAACCUAGCAAGUUCGUAAACAACUUUAUUUGCUUCUCUAUAACAAUGUUCCAAUCUACAUAUAGUAAAACCACAAGCAAUAUGAUAACGAUCGUCUGCUGACUGUCCUCUAUUCCUCAUAAUGUCGAUGACCUUCAGAUUUUUAGCCUUUCCAUAGAGAAACGGAGGUUAGUAUGUACAAAUAGAAAAACUCAACGUGAAUCAUCGAGUGGAACUUGAUGCACAUUUUCGCAAACCCCCCUGACAACAACUAUAUACAGAACAUGACCCUUCAUCAUAUCUCUCACACUGAAUUUGAGCAUUUAUCCGUGAUCCGACAGUCUGCGUUGGGUAGAGUCUCAGGCCGUCAACCGAAUGAACCACACACCUGUAGCACCUGUACCUCACUUAGAACAAUGCAACACUCUGGCUGAUUUUGUUCGUUAAUUCCCUAAUUGCUUCCGGGUCAUGCAAUUUGCUUGGCUUCUUUUGUGAUUCAUUUGAGCUUUGCAGCCGAGGACCUGAACAAGAAUGCCCAAGUGCAAGCCAUCAUCUGGGACCUUAAGACGCAGAACAAUGCAGAUCACAUGCCACACCUGGCCGACCACAACAACAUUCCGGCUCUCUCCUUGUACGGCAGUGAUGCCUUCUGGCAAGAAGAUCCAGUAAACGAUUCCGCAGGCCUUACACUUGGAUCAAAUGACACCAUGAUGUUUCUUUAUCCAAGAACCGAGAAAAUAAACGGCAUGAAACUGGAUACAAGAAAUUCAAGACAAAAUCAUGAACUUCAGAUGAUGUUGAAUGAUUUUGCGAAUGUUAUUUAUCCUAUUUUCGAGAAACAAAACGUCACCAUGUACAGUAUUAUUGAAGAUCCUCACUCAAUCCAUCGGACACGCCAAACCUCUUCCAAGAUGAUGCUUACUGGUGAGCACUAUGAUGAGCCUGUAUGCAGCGUGUCUCCGAGGGUGAAUUUGGGAGCGGGCGGUGUGCCAUACGCACACUCUGGUGCGUCUAUGAUUGUGCUCGUCGAGGAUGAACCAUAUACAAUCAGCUGGACAUUUGUAAAGCCACUAAGUAGGAAUCUUUGGUUUGCAACCAUUAUCUUCUUCUUCUAUACUGGCAUUGUUGUGUGGAUGAUUGAACUACCCAGAAAUCCAGAGUACCAAGGAUCAAGUUUGAGACAAUGUAGCACUGCCCUCUACUUUGUUUUCUCUACCUUGACGUUUUCUCAUGGUCAAAUUAUUAGAAGCCCCUUGUCAAAAAUUGUCGUGGUAAUAUGGUGCUUUGUAGUGCUGAUUCUGGUACAGAGCUACACAUCAAGCUUGUCAUCCAUAUUAACCACGGAGAGACUCCGUCCUUGGGUGAUAGAUCUAGACCAGCUCCAACGCAGUGGUGACUUUGUAGGAUACCAAGAUGAUUCAUGUGUGCGGUCCUUCUUGAUGAAUUGUCAAAAUAUCAGUGAAAGUAGGUUAAAAACCUACACAAUGAAGGAAGAAUAUGCUGCUGCUUUGAGGAAGGGGUCCAAGAAUGGAGGGGUGUCGGCUAUCGUCGGUGCGAUCCCCUAUUUAACAUCUUUCCUCUCUGAUAAUCGGUACAAAGAUGAUUUUAUGAUGCUUGGUUGCACAUACACGACUCCUGGAUUUGGUUUUACAUUUCGUCUAGGUUUUCCACUAGUGCAAAAUCAUUCAACUACCAUCAUGAACCUACCAGAAGGGGUUAGCGACUCACAACUAAAAGUGAGAUGUUUUGGCACCACUUCAGUGUUGAUGGGUGAUGACACAGUUCCUGACUUUGGUUCUGCACCUCUCACUUUACAAAACUUCUCGGGGCUCUUCGUCAUCACUGGAUCCAUUUCAACUAUCAUGAUACUGAUAGCCAUUGUGAGGUUGGUUUAUGCCAAAUGCACCGGGUCGAGAAACACCGACAUGGAAAGCGCCAGGGAUAAUAGUGUCGAAGACGAUCCCCAUUCGAUGCAGAACGGCUUGGAUGACAACCCUAGCCCUAGCCAACAACUCCUCCACGAAGCCGAAGAUGAUAAUUCCCAGGGUGUGCGUAAGAGCGGCCAAAAUGAUGGGGGUGCUCAGCCUGACCCAGUGCAGCAGAAUGUCAUGCACGAUGGUAUCACCCCUGCAGGACACUUCCAGAUUGAAACUAACAAUGUCUGAGUCAAGAAAUGUCCGGGAAGCAUCGGAUGCAAUAGAAAUACGCCAAACCUUGGAAGUACUUCUCUCGUCAUUGAAGUGAUGCUGCGCUCUAAACCUUGGACCAAUUAGAAUUAGCUUCCUUUUCUCCUUCCCACACUUUUCGAGAGAGAAAUUGAUGUUCAACGAGUGGAUGUGUAUAUUGUCUAUUUAGACUGAUAUUGCUACCUCACGCAUUUGAAGCAACCGACAUACUAGAAUCACUGGUACAACAAGGUGCUAUACACACGGUUUUUAACCCC